AUGGUGGAAGGACCAGGCUGUGCUCUCAAUGGAGAGAAAAUUCGGGCCAGAGUGCGUCCGGGCCAGGCGGUGGCUGCCGUGCGAGGCAGGGCUUUGCAGAGCCGGCCGGGCCCGGUGCCGCCGCCCGCAGCCCCGGCGGCCGAGGGCGCUUUCCAGGCUGCUGCACUGCAAGAUAGUAAAGAUCCCAGCCAGAAUUUCCUUAGACUGUUUAAUGGAUAUGUUUACAGUGGUGUGGAAACUUUGGGGAAAGAGCUGUUUAUGUUCUUUGGCCCGAGAGCUUUACGGAUUCAUUUUGGAAUGAAUGGCUCCAUAAGAAUUAAUCCACUUCCAUACAAAAACAAAAAUGAAAUUUCUCCUGUUUUUGAACUGCAGCUCACCAGUGAUUUGAUUUGUUUCUUUGACUCAUCAGUAGAACUCAGAAACUCAACGGAAAUCCAACAGAGAAUAAGAAGGAUGGAAGAAUUAGAUGUGUGUUCACCUAAAUUUAGUUUCCUAAGAGCAGAAAGUGAAGUUAAAAAGCAGCGCGGCCGGAUGCUCUGUGAUGUGCUUUUGGAUCAGAAAGUGUUGCCUGGUGUUGGGAACAUCAUCAAAACUGAAGCAUUGUUUGACAGUGGUCUCCAUCCAGCUGUCAAAGUUUUUCAAUUAACAGAUGAACAGACCCAUCACCUUGUGAAGAUGGUACGUGAUUUCAGCAUUCUCUUUUACAGGUGCUGUAAAACAGGAUCAGCUAUAUCUAAACACUAUAAGAUUUACAAGCGCCCUAAUUGUGGUCAGUGCCGCUGCAAAGUUACAGUGUGUCGCUUAGGGGAAAAUAACAGAAUGACAUAUUUUUGUCCUCGUUGUCAAAAAGAGAAUCCUCAACACAUGGACAUAUGCAAGCUACCCACCAGAAAUCUUAUGAUCAGUUGGACAUCUAGUAGGAGAGACCAUCUGACUGACUCAGUGAGUCGGAAGUCAGAAGAGCAGUGGACCUGUUUGGUCUGUACCCUGGUGAACAAGCCAUCUGCUGAGACAUGUGAUGCUUGCUCCACCUCAAAGCCUGUUGAUUCAGUGUUCAAGAAUGAAGAAAAUUCUGUUGUCUUUGACAACUUAGUGAAGUACCCUUGUAAUAGCUUCGGGAAAGUACAUACUGAAGUGAAAAUCAACAAGAAAACUGUAUUUGGAACUACAACUCUUGUCUUGACUGAUUUUAGCAAUAAAUCCAGUACUUUGAAAAGAAAAGAAAGCCAAACUCAGACACCAGAUGGGGAAUUUCAAAAUUCUCUUCCUACAAACGUUUGUUUUAGUGAUACACGGCACCCCUCUAAGGAGAGAACAAACUAUAUAACUCAAGUAUCUAACAAAGUAAACAUAUCUCCUACAGUCUGCUCUCAGUCUGAAUUAUUUAGUUCAGCACAUAAAAAAUUGAAAACAACCCACUACCCAACACCAGAUCGCAAAAGUUGCAACACUGGAUUUUCUAACAGCGAACUUCAAACGAGUACCACAGUUGGUCCUUGCACCUUAAAUGCUGGCAGUCCUCGAUGCAGGAAACACAACCGCCUCUGUGUUCUCCGGGUUGUGAAGAAGUCUGGCGAAAACAAAGGAAGGCAGUUUUAUACUUGUCCGCUACCUCGAGAAGCACAAUGUGGAUUUUUUGAAUGGGCAGAUUUAUCCUUCCCACUCUGCAACCAUGGCAAGCGCUCCAUCAUGAGAACAGUGUUGAAGACUGGACCUAAUAACGGAAAGAACUUUUUUGUGUGUCCUUUGGAGAAGGAAAAACAGUGCAACUUUUUCCAGUGGGCAGAAAAUGGGUCAGGGAUGAAAAUUAUUCCAGGAUGCUAGUAUUUUCUCUUGCUGUAGGACAUCUGGUAUUUAAUGUCUUCAAACUGUUCAUCCUUCCCCUUUGUAAAAUGCAAAGGUUGUAAAAUAUCUGUGGCACAUAUAAAUUAAAUUAUAACAAGACUUGAGCACUUCAUGUUUUAGAUGUAUCAUCUUUCCAUUCAAUGGCUUUUUUUCUUUACCUUAAUACAUUUUUCAUCAAUGUGCAGCAUAUUCCAUUUAUAAUGUAUAUUUAAUGCAUGUAAUAAUGACAAUAAAGGUAUUUUAGCAUGU